AUGUUUCCCUCGGACGGUCACUUCUACCCACUCGUCAAGGAACAGGGCGCCGAAGAAUUGCAUUCCCCAACCAACGGCCGCAUCUUUGUGCUCAAGUUCACCUCCAGCAGCCAGAAGUACUUCUUCUGGAUGCAAUCCAAAUCUCAGUCGCGGGAGGGUCACAACAGCUGGUUCAGUCAGCGGGAUCAGCGUUUGGGACAGAUCGUCGAGGCAUUGCUGCAGGGUGAUGAUGUCGACGUGCAGGGCGAGAUUGAAGACAUGGCGAGAGGUGGUGGCGGUGAUGAUGCUGGUCCCGACGGAGAUGGAGAUCUGAUGGAUCUGGAUGGCGGUCCUGGUCUGGAGAGACGGGAGACUGGAGGUGCUGGUCAGGAUGCUACAGGCGGAGAUCCUCGAUUGGAGGGCGAGUCCAGCAGAGAGGGUGGUGCUGACGGUGGCAGAGCUAAACAAGGACAACAAGACAGCGACACCUCCGCCAUCGUUCAGAACUUCCUCAAAUCUCUCAAAGGCGGCCCAUCUCACCAACAGCAACCAAAUCAACAGCAACGCGCAGACAGACCAUUCACCACACUUCCCGAUCUCCUCCCGUCAUCCACCACAACAGCCUUCAUUUCCACAGCAACCCCAUCUCAAAUUGAUAAUCUCUGCUCCCUUCUCCCCCCAGAACUCUUCGUUCUAGCACAAGAAUCCUCUACUUCAGACUCCGCUGCGGAAGUUACGCCCACGGCAGGCCAAGCAGCCAUCGAAUCACUCUCCCUUCAGCAGAAGAAGUCCAUCAUCACCAGAGUUCUCAGAUCACCACAGUUGCAGCAGAGUCUUGCGAGUCUGACGGUGGCAUUGCGGGAUGGCGGGUUACCGAUGAUUGGAGAGGCGUUGGGAUUGGAGGUGGAGAACGGUGGCAUGAUUAAGCAUGGAAGUAUGCCUCUUGGAGGUGGAGAUGCGGUUGAGGCGUUUGUCAAGGGCGUCAAAAAGACCGUCGAGAACGAGGGUGGGAAGAAGUAA